AUGUCCUUGUUUUCUCCGUCGAGGAAGCGGUCGCAUAAGGAUAGCGAGGACGAGUCUUCAUUUAGAUUUGAUGGAAGCGGAGAUUAUGAAGACGAGCAUGACGAGUUCGACGAUAGUGAGGAACUCGGGCAUGGUAAAGAAGAUCUUAUCUCUCCUCAUGUGAUGGUUGAACAAAUAGAGAGCUUUCACAAAUAUGCAGAAGAACGCGGGAAGCUGUCUGUCCCUUGGUCACGAAUGAAAGGCGUCUUUGAUGAUUGGAUGAGACACCAAAGUUCUUCGGUCGCAGACCCAGAAAACGUGCGUGAGUAUCUUGAUCGCCCCGAAAGUGUUCUAAUGCACAAAGACUUCCCUGUGAAGCCUCCAUCGCUCUUCCAAUACUAUUCUAAAAAAUUUGGAUAUACCGGAGGAGUUUCAAGAUAUAAGGAGAUAGCUGAUCGGAUGAAAGAAGAUCACGCUGGACGCGCUGAAUGCGAGCAGGAGUUAUUAGAACUUGAGAAAUCUUUUGUCGAAAAGUUGGAAGGAUUUUUGGCCAAUAAUAAUGGUGUACUGCUACCAAAACAAAAGGCAUUCGUGGAGCACAAGAUUAAACUCCAUCGGCGCAAGGUGUUCCCAGCACAACGAACUCCGAAAGCGAAAUCCAAUAAAUCCAACGGAAUGCCGAAAGAAGAAAAGACUGCGUUCGAUUUGUUUUGCUCGACGAAACAAGACAAAUAUACUGAUCUACCGGCAGAAGCGAGGUUGAAGAAGUUAAGGAAAAAGUUUGACAAGUUACCAGAGGACAAAAGAGAAAUAUAUGAGAAACUUGCAAUGGUUCGAUGA